AUGCAAGCUGCUGCGGUGAAGGUUAACGCGAGGACAAGAGUACAGGACGGUUCUGGACGUAAGACAAGGAAGGUUGAGUUGACAGUCAACGCACUAGAGCAAUUCUAUCACAUGAGGCAGGAAGACGCAGCAGCCAUUUUGGGAGUUUCCCUCUCGAGCCUUAAGUCCUCCUGUCGUAGGCUAGGAAUUUCGCGAUGGCCAUACUCUCGAAAGCGAAACGAGGAGCAUGAUACCUUCGUCAGCGUGCUCUUGAACAAUGGAGAUGAGAGUUUUUCACUUUCAAACGAGCAAGACUUCCAGCAUUCCCAAACUAGCAGUGAUUCCUCAUCACAAGAAAUGAAGGACCAAGAGGAUGACCAUGAGGACAAUAUUGAAGGGCUUUCAGAGAGUGGAAGUGAACACACAGAAUCGGCAGAAGGUGCUGAAGUUGUGGAUUCGAAGUGGAUUCGCUGGUUCAUUGAAGUGGGAGACAGUGACAUCAUUGAUAAUGAAACACCGUUGUUUCCAUAA